AUGCGGUUACCCCAUGUCCUUCAAGAACAAUUCCUUUCUCUCGCAAGGCCCAAUACUCUCAAAAAUAUUGAAACCUGUGGAAUUCUUGCCGGGAAUCUUAAAAAUAAUGUCCUGACAAUCACGACGUUAAUUCUACCAAAGCAGACGGGUACCUCAGAUACUUGUUCUACUGAAAACGAAGAAGAUCUUUUUGAAUUUCAAAAUAAGCAUGACUUGUUAACCUUUGGUUGGAUCCAUACCCACCCAACUCAAUCCUGUUUCUUAAGUUCGGUUGAUCUACAUACUCACUGCUCUUAUCAACUGAUGCUCCCUGAAGCAAUUGCCAUUGUGUGCUCACCAAGCCAAACACCAAAUUUUGGUAUCUUUCGGUUGACAGAUCCACCAGGAUUGGAUAUAAUUAGUACCUGUAGAGCUGAGCGUGCAUUUCACACUCAUCCAGAUAAGCCUAUUUAUACCGAUGCAAGUGAUACAGGAUUCAUUGAGAUGAUCAAUUUUGAUGUCAAUGUAGUAGAUUUACGCUAACAAGGGCCAAAGAUGAAGAAGCCAAAAAAAUUGCAACCACAUACUUACACAUCCACAAAUUAAAUACCAAUAUACACAUAGACAGACACAGCCAUAGCCAUAGCUGUGUAUGCAUAUAUGUUUGUAUAUGUAAUGGAUCUUCAUUGAUGUGGUUUGUGUGCCAAUAUAUCCAUGGAUUUCUUAAUCAUCUUGGCCAUAGAAUGAAAUGAUUCAAUACGCUCCAU